AUUGUGUUUUUUGAAGUGACUCGCAGGAUUUUAAGACAUCAGCAGAAUACCUUGACAUCCGAACUCUGAAAGACUACGCAAACCCACACACUUUUAACUGACCUCUAGCACUUCAAAUGAGGAAUGUCCGCGUGAAUCUGACUACUCAAGGUUGUUGAAAUAAAACAGGGUUGGAUUUAAUUGUAUGGGAUUGAAGUGGGCUUGAUAAGUUGAGUAAUGACAAUUUCGUCGAUAGUAGAGCAUAGUAGCCACACAUGUAGCCGAUUUCAAGUCACGCCUAAUUCAUUCAGCUUUAAUCGUCAAUAUACCCAGAUCUAUUUGGCACGUCUUACUGCAGCCAAGGCAGUGUUGAAAACGUUGGCUGAACAGAGAUGGUCAACUUCAUCUACAAAAUCUGAGGCUUCGCAUUUCCCCGUUCGAACAUUAGCUGAGCUAAAUGGAGAUGAAAAAUGCAUAAUAAUCGGCACACUUUUCAAGGAAAUGCGUUUAAAACCUAGUGUACUACAUGAUAUUGCAGCGGUAGAAAUUGAAAAUGUUGAAUCAGACAUUCGCAUUUCUUCAACUGAUACUCACUCUUUGGUUCAUCUCACAUCGGACGAUGAUUUACUUUUUCUUGAAGAUGAAGUACAACGUAUUGCUUUGAGUUUUUGUAGCCAGAUUUCAAAACUUUGGUCUCCAGCUAAUCUGGUUACAGGAGUUGUAGUUGCAGCUCUUGGUUACGAGCCUGAAUCUCAACCCGGUUCUUUCUACAUUGAAGACAUGUUGUUCUUAGAACCUCAACCUGAAAAACCUAUUCAUGUUCAAGAAAUUUCCCAUAUUGACGUUAACACAACAGAUUUUCGCAACUCUGGACCUUGGGUUGGUGUUGUUAGUGCCUUAGGUUUUGCAGGUAAUGGUCAAGUAAAACCGGGACAUUCAAUAGCUCUUCAACUUCUUGCCGAUUGGAUACGUUGUGCUGGAGACUUCCAUGGUUCAUCAGAGUUACACACUGACUCUGGUUUGAUACAUCUUCUGAUUUUGGGUGAUUCAAUUCAAGCAUCAAAAUCAAGUAUAGAUAAUGAUGGUGAUAAGUGCACUCCAGCUGUACGUCUUACACAGCGUGCUCGCUACUUAACUCGUAAUGCCGAUGCAGAAACUGUGACCGCUAUGGCUCGUUUUGAUCAGUGGUUAGCCAGUCUCCCUAUAGGAUCAGGUUGUAAAGAUAAUGGCACUGAUUUUAAUGGUAUAUCGAUAGAUUUGUUGCCGGGACCAUCUGAUCCUACUUCAGUCCUCAUACCACAACAACCGAUUCAUUCAGCCGCCUUACCUUGUGCCGUUUCUCGUUCUGGUGGUGUUGGCAGUGGAAGUUUAUGUGGUCGAACAAAUCCUUAUAGUUUUAUGUUGAGAAAUCGAAAUAUUCUGGCUACUUCUGGUCAGGGUGUAAAUGAGUUAUAUAGAUAUACAAAAUUAGAGAAUGCUUGUGACAGGAUGGAAGCUACUUUACUGUGGGGUCACUUAGCUCCUACUUGUCCUGAUACUCUUGGAGGGUAUCCGAUGACCAAUGUCGAUCCACUUCUUCUCCGUUCAUCUUCCACUUCAUCUGCUCAAAACUUUAGUCCUGACUAUCCUGACAUAUACAUAGCUGGUUGUCAACCUGAAGAUCAGCCAUCUUGGCGACGUGCUCGCUUAAAGUGGAGUGAGGAGAUAGAUAAAAAUAACUGUGGUUGCUUAUUGGUAUCCGUACCACGUUUUGAUUCGACUUUCUCUUUCGUACUUAUCAACUUAAAAUCACUUGAUUGUCGUGUAGUUCGCUUUGAUUCAAGUUUGUUAGAUGAAAAUUGAUGACAAGAGUAUAAAUAUAUCAUCUUAUUUUUGUAUGAUUGUUAUCACUUUUUAAUAACCUAUGUGUGCUACUAACGCAAUAUUAGUGUGUUUUGCGAUGUUAAUUCCUUGCGGUCACCUGGAUAAUUUUCUGAUAUAUGUUGAGAAUUUUUUAUGAGUAACCAAAACAUCCUACUGAGGCAACCUAUACUCUUUCGGUGGUUUCCAAAUAUGUCGAUUUUUGCACAAACCAAAAAAAUCCACUUAAAGAGAAGCUGAAAGACUUUGGAAUAAAUAUUGAAAGAUAAUGUCCUGUCACAUGACGACGUACUCAAUGAUUUGUGGCUGUACGACAUGUGAUAUCAGAUUACUCACACUGAUAUGGUAAGCCAAUCAGAAAUAGCCAGAUGAGAAGGUCAAUCGAUGGUAAUACGAAGUGGCCUGAAGGACAAUUGCACUCCACUGGCUAAGAAGUGGAUUGGUUCCCUCGAUGGUAGAGUUGC